CGGAAGUGCGAGCUCCAGCGCCGCUGCCAUCUGGGAGGCCUCGAAGUCAGAAUGGCCUUGGAAGGGAAGAACAAACGGAAGAGAAAAAGAAGUGUCGGGAAGGGACAGAACCGUGAAGUCUGCGUUCGCGGGAGUCCGCCGGAGCACUACGAGGUUGGACAGGUCGCCAGUAGCUUAUUCUGCGGCGAGCGCCCUUCCAGAGGUGGCAACGGUCGGCUGGCGUCGCUCUUCACCCCUUUGGAUCCUCAGGUUCAACCUGUGUAUGUGCCUGUGCCUAAAGAAACCACCAAAAAAAGGAAACGGAAUGAGGAGGAAGAAAGUGCUUCCCCGAUUGAAAGACCACUUUUGCAGGAAUCUGCAAAAAAAGUGAAAGCGAAGAAGAAACACACUAAUGCAGAAAAAAGGUUGGCAAACAGGGAAAGUGCUCUAUUGAGUGCUGAUUUAGAAGAAGAAAUUCACCAGAAACAAGGGCAGAAAAGGAAAAAGUCUCAAUCUGGUGUUAAAGGAGCAGAUAGAAAAGUACUUGAUGUAGAUGACACAGUUGUAAGUCAAAGAAGAAAAAUUCAAAUCAACCAAGAAGAAGAGAGAUUAAAGAAUGAGAGAACUGUGUUUGUCGGAAAUUUGCCUGUUACAUGUGAUAAGAAGAAGCUGAAGUCGUUUUUUAAAGAGUAUGGACCAAUAGAAUCUGUACGAUUUCGUUCUCUGAUUCCAGCAGAGGGAACUCUAUCCAAAAAGUUGGCAGCAAUAAAACGUAAAAUUCAUCCUGACCAGAAAAAUAUUAAUGCCUAUGUUGUGUUUAAGGAUGAGAGUGCUGCCACACAAGCAUUGAAAAGAAAUGGGGCCCAAAUUGCAGAUGGAUUUCGUGUUAGAGUUGAUCUCGCAUCUGAGACCUCAUCUAGAGACAAGAGAUCCGUUUUUGUAGGGAAUCUCCCUUACAAAGUUGAAGAAUCUGCCGUUGAGAAGCACUUCCUGGACUGUGGCAGUAUCAUGGCUGUGAGGAUUGUGAGGGACCAAGUUACAGGCGUUGGCAAAGGGUUUGGCUAUGUGCUCUUUGAGCAUACAGAUUCAGUUCAUCUUGCUCUGAAAUUAAAUAAUUCUGAACUAAUGGGAAGAAAACUCAGAGUCAUGCGUUCUGUUAAUAAAGAAAAAUUAAAACAACAAAAUUCAAAUCCACGAUUGAAGAAUGUUAGUAAACCUAAGCAGGGACUUAAUUUGACUUCUAAAAAUGCAGAAGGACAUUCUAAAAGCCUGUUUAUUGGAGAGAAAGCUGUUCUCAUUAAAAAGAAGAAGAAAGGACAGAAGAAAAGUAGAUGCACUAAGAAACAGAGGAAACAGAAAUAACCAGGAGCUGCUUUUUCUUUUCCUGCUGAGCUACUAAUAAAAGUGCUGUUUUCUCCUAAU